UUAUAGUGGCAUGUUAUUGCUUGUAGUAGCAACACAGAAACACACACAAUAGUGCCUUGUGUCAUUCCUUAUUACGCGUUAUUAAAUAUACAACUGUGGUUCAUUCGUUUGCUUAUCGCUCGUGCAGGAAUGGCGGAACAGAUCACGAGAGAAGAUGCGUUGACACGGGAGGGCCACAGACACGCGUGUCACAUUAUGUUGUACGGAGACUCUAGUGCCAAACUCUUCGGGAAAAUCCCAAUCAAACAUAUAGUACUGAUGCAGAUGCGUUUUGAUGGCUUGCUCGGUUUCCCAGGGGGAUUGGUGAACCCGUCUGAGGAGACGCUGGAGGCGGGGCUUAUCAGAGAGCUCCACGAGGAAGUGGGCGUAGCUGUGCCUGUGGGCGUGGACAAUCACGUGUCCUCUUGCCUUUCUCCAUCCUGUCCUCGGCUCAUCACGCACUUCUACAUCAAGAAGAUGACAGAGUCAGAGCUGAAAGAGCUAGAGAGAGCAGCUGUAGCUACAGCCACAGACCAUGGUUUAGAGGUGUUAGGUAUGGUCAGAGUGCCGCUCUACUUUCUCAAGAAUGGAGGUGGUCUCCCUUAUUUCCUGUCCCACUCGUUCAUCAGUAACUCUCGGGCCCAGCUGCUCUCUGCCCUGCAGCGCUGCGGGCUGUUGUCCCAGGGGGAGCUGGAGAAGGCUGUGAGACAGGCUGAGCAGAUGAGACGCACACACAGUGGUGAUCCACACUGACAUCAGUUUACACAGCGGUGUCUUUUCACCCCUGGGCCACAGCUACAUCAGUAGCCCAACCCCCCAUUGCCUGUAGAAACUCCCUCUUGUCCUCACCCUACCCUCCGUUCCUGAUUCAUCCAUAUACAGCAUGUACUAUCUGUAGAUAUCCUGUGUCACAGAGGUUCAAAGCUGUUUAAAAUGCCUUAACUGUUAAUCAAAAUUGUACUAACAAAGUGAGACUACAUUCACUUAAAGGGAAUUGUUAUUAUUUGGUAUUAUCUUUAUGUCCAUAUUUGGACAUACCCUGGGAUGUUGCAAUAAUUAUACCUCAUAACAAUUUAAUUUGUUGUUAAUAUGAACCCAUAUAAUUUGCAUAUGCAAAUGCAUAAUUUAUUAUAUUAUUUAUGAAGAGUAAGAAUCCAAUAUGCCAUACUUUUUGUCGAAUUUAUCAGAUCUGUUUAUGAGAGUUAGAUAUUUGCAAGAGAAAUUGGGUGUGCUGGUUUGACUAAUAAACAGCAGACCGCAUAUAAGACUUGGUUUUCGGAGGUUUUUCGCAAACUUGUAUCAAAGCUAAGGUUUUAAUCACAGCACACUUGCAGUACUUAAAAAUGACCACAGAGUUGCGCUGCCAGACUUCCCCUUAUUAUCAGCGUUAUAAUUUUAAAGUUACAGUGUGUAAUUCCAGAGCCACUUGUUUCAAUUGUAAUAAUAUUUAACGGAAUUGUAAAAUGAAUGACUGUUUUUCUAAUCUGCCAUUGGUUAGCAAACAGACAGUCCCGUCAUAAACUCAUGACAUUGGUUGCACCAGUGUUGCAGAUGUAGGAAUUCACCGCUAGCAUGAUGGGUUUUAAUUAAAAUUGUCUGUCUGUACAGUAGAAAUGCAAUUAAAGAAAAAUACGUUUCACAAAAGCCCUGAAGGCGACAAAAAAUGGGAAUUUCUUGGUGCACGUUACACAGAAAACAAUUGCUCAUAUACUACAGACACUGUAACAUUACAAAUUGUCAAACUUACCCUUUAACAAUUUUUUUUAUUCUAAGUAUUUACUAUGUUAUAUAUAUCUAUAUAAAAGUAAAUGGUCUAAAUGUUUAAGAUCAGUCUCUUAUUGAAAAUGUUUCUAGUUUGCUUUCUUCCCAUUCAAUCUGUACUUUUUAUUACAAACUAUAUUAAGUAUUGUAGUGAACUAAAAAUAAUCCUAGUAUUUGCUUUGUUCCUCUUUUGCUUUAAUGACAGCAGCACUCAAAUUUCAUGAACUCUACAGGUAUGUGUGAAACCUGAACAUCGUGUUCUCUAGCAUGAUUUGAAAAUAAUCUAAAGAACAUUUUGAGAUUCAGUUGAAGCAAAAUAUCUGUUCAAAAAGUCACUUGAUUCAAUGUCAACAAUUUCCUUAAACAUUAAUUAAAAUAUUUCCCAUUUA